UGAGCUCCCUUUAAUUAUUAGGCCCAGAGAGGCACUGGAAUGAAACCGCAGUCACAUCCUACUCCUACUUGAGCUAAUGACCUCUUGAAGCCAGUUGCUCUGUGGGUUCCAGACUGAUGCCAAGUAGACAUAAAAAGCCAUACGCUGGACACCAUAACUCUUACCCUGUAGUCCAGCACCUUAUGGCCAGUCACUAAGGUUCUCUCUGGAAAGCAGUCAGAAUUCCUGCUGACUUCGUAUCAGCCCACUCCUUGUUCCCUUCAGUCUUUAAAAACAUGCUUGCAAUAAGGCUAAAUGAAGCACUCCCAGGGCAACUUGGUGUGUCCUUGGCAGCUCUGUCAGCCUUGGUCCACACAAACUCUCUAUAUGAACUGUGGUUCAGUUUGUUUCUUUAGGUUGACAUCCACAUUAGGGGAGCAGUGUUGCUGGGCUGGGGAAGCUGGUUCAGGUCAGACGUUGCACCAAGGGUUGGAGAAGGGGCCUUCCUGCAUCAGCACCCGGACAAGGCAGAGAAGCAGGUGUCCAAACCCAGGCCUGGCCUGCUCCUGCUGUGGCUCACAGCCCCCACCCCACCUGGCAGACCCCGGAGCUGGCGACAGGGUUGCCCAGCUGGCCACAGCACAUAUCAUUGUCACGUGGGGCUGCCCUUUAUCCUCCCAGUCUCCACACAGACACCCUUCAUGGACUGGGGGACUGAGGGCAGGGACACUGGUGAAAUAGGCAGGCGUCUUCACCCAGCUGCCCAUCCCACUCACGACCUCCGGGGGAGGUGACAGUGACCAAGCCCAGCCCCAGCUGGCUCCUGGUCACUCGCUGCAGGCUCAGCUCCCACAAUCUCGAGUCCCACCUCCAGCUCCUGCCAUUCCGAGGGACCUGGAGGCCAGGGUGCCCGGCGCAUGACCAGCUCUGGGUUGUGGACCGCCCUCCACGGCAGUGACCUGAGCGCUUGUCAUUAUUCACUUUAUUCACUCCUGGUUUCUGUCUGGAAGGGAUCACAAAGACAUGGCGUGCAGGGGAGCCAAUCCUGCCAGGGACUGAGGAAACAGAUCCUGGAGAAAACCAGAGACUUUGCUGGCACUUCAGGGGGACCCCAGUUGGCUCAAUGCCCCCUCUUCCCCAUAGCCAAUUACUAACCAAUGUUCUGUCUGGAAACCAGUCAUAAUUCCUAACCUGGUCAAAGCAGGGUCAUCUCACACAGCCCAGCCACCCCGCAGGCAGCUAAAGAAUGCCUGGUGAAAUGCAAAUCUGAUCGUGUCUGUGUCCCCAAGCCCUUCCGUGCCCCCUGCUGCUCUUUGGACAAGCCCCCAGCAGCCUCUGUAAUGCACAGCCCCCGCCCUUGUCUCCUGUGCUGGCUUCCGCAGCCUGGCCACACCGGUCCUCUAGCCCAUUCACCUGACCCGACUCUGGCAGGGCCUUUGCAGGAGCCAUUCCUCCACCCCAACCCCUCCUAUUAAAACCUGUUCCUAGACGGUUCAGCCCCAGCCACCAGAAGCCCCCCAGCCCCGGCCCAGCAGCUGGCCUGGGGAGCGGAGAGAGCGCAGUCUGGGCUCACGGGCUGGGGGCCACGGAGGCCCAGAUGGGGACUCUGGCUCCGACUGUCCUGGCCCAGAGGCUCUAGGGCGGUCCUGUCUGUCUCACCCGGGGGGCGGGGAGGACGCAGACAGACCCCAGCGCCCGCGGAUGGUGCCUUUGACCCACGUCCUGUGGGCUCUGGCCCGAGACCCCUGCCUCUGGGAAGGCCGGUGACCGGGACAGUCCACCUCGCAGGCGCGCCGGCGCGGAGCCUGGACCUCAGCCCGCAAUGACUCAGCAAGGGCCGGUGGGAUUCUCCAUGGUCCUGCGAUAUCCAGGCGGCAGAGUCUCGCCUUUAAUGUCGCGCGGGGAGCAGGCAGGUGCGAGCCUAGGCUGAGCAAAACCCUCCUUGGAGUCUCCGCAGAGGGGCGGGGCGCGCCUCCGGAAUGAGCAAGCGGCGGGGCCCGGGGCAGGGCGGGGCAGGCGGCCGGGCGCUCUCGGGACUGUCGUAAAAGGGGGCGGGGCGCUCCGCGCGCGGGACUAUCGUAAAAGGGGCGGGACGCGCCGCGCUCGGGAUGUCGUGAAGUUGAGGGAGCUCGUCGCUGCCGCCGGCGGCCAGCGGGCGUCCGCGCCAUGGAGCGCUAUGUAGGGGCCUUGGAGGAGGUGGGGGACGGUGCCCGGCAGCAGGAGCGACACUACCAGUUGCUGUCGGCGCUACAGAGCCUGGUGAAGGAGUUGCCCAGCUCUUUCCAGCAGCGCCUGUCCUACACCACGCUCAGCGACCUGGCUCUGGCGCUUCUCGACGGCACCGUGUUCGAAAUCGUGCAGGGGCUAUUGGAGAUCCAGCACCUCACCGAAAAGAGCUUGUACAACCAGCGCCUGCGCCUACAGAACGAGCAUCGAGUGCUCAGGCAGGCGCUGCGGCAGAAGCACCAGGAAGCCCAGCAGGCCUGCCGGCCCCACAACCUGCCUGUACUUCAGGCGGCUCAGCAGCGAGAACUAGAGGCAGUGGAGCACCGGAUCCAUGAGGAGCAGCGGGCGAUGGACCGGAAGAUCGUCCUGGAGCUGGACCGGAAGGUGGCUGACCAGCAGAGCACACUGGAGAAGGCAGGGGUGGCUGGCUUCUACGUGACCACCAACCCACAGGAGCUGAUGCUGCAGAUGAACCUGCUAGAACUCAUCCGGAAGCUGCAGCAGAGGGGCUGCCAGGCAGGGAAGGCAGCCCUGGGACUGGGAGGUCCCUGGCAGUCGCCUGCUGCCCAGUGUGACCAGGAAGGCAGCCCUGUCCCACCAUAGCCACAGGCAGCAGAAGUCUGGGCAGAGUUUAUCUUCUUGACCUUUGGUCACUGCCUUCCCAGCUGCCCACAGGUGGUUCCCCCUGCUGAGGAGAGGCCGGGUGGACCCCGGCUGCCUGUCAUCUUUCGUCUGGGACUUGCUGUCAAACGCUAGGAUAGUCUCAUAAAGGGGAGGCUGGCCCAGCCUGCUGCUGUCUGCUUCAGGGCCAGGCAGAGAGAGAGGCUGGGGGUUCUCACAUCUUCUCACUCCACCGGGCACAUCCCAACCUGCACUGGGACCCACCCGAGUGCUUGUUCUGGUCUCAGCCGCUCCCUUGGCAGCUGCAGCCCCCACGCAGAAGAGGCUCCCAGGCCCAAGCUCUGUGUGACCCAGAGAAAUAAAGAUACCUCAGUGUGGCCUGCA